ACGCGCGUGUAUGUACGUACCUUGGAAACAAUCGUGCAGUCGACAAACGGCAACCAAUGAGGGAAGCGAAUUUUCGUAGUGACUGCAAAAUCUAGCAGUACCCGGCAGUGCCCAGCAGUGCCCGGCAGUAUCGUCCAGUAUCGUCAAGUAUUGUCAGAUAUCGUUGACACGAGUUAUAAAUUGAAAUAUGCUGUCCGGUGAAACAGAAGUUCCUUGAUCAAUAUUUUUCUUUCCAGGUGAAUCCAAUAUAAAAGAUCAUGAUGAGUUAAUGAAAUAAAAUGUACGAUGUCAUUCGACAUUCCAAAAUGAUUGUUUGAAAACAACUUUCAUUUAUAGGGAAGAAUAAUAUUCAGCUAAAUAAAUCAUUUUUCGUAGAAAUAUUUUUAAACAAUGAAAAGGGUAAAAGAACGACUAAAUUGCCCCAAUCCGUUAUUUGAACGCUGGCUACUGGAAUGGAGAGACGAAGCGAUAGCAAAAGGCUCCGAUAUGCAGUACUGUUUCUCAAAAGCGCUUGCAACGUUAAGAAAAUACCCUUUGCCUCUGGAAACAGGAAAGGAUUGCAUAAUUCUGCAAAACUUUGGAUCAAAUCUUUGCACGCUGUUGGAUAAAAAGUUGGCCGAACAUCAGAGAGGGACACCGCAGCUACAGGUUACUUUAACCAAGCAAAAAGAGGCUGGUGGUACCAUUGAAUAUAUCUUAGGUGAUCAGGAUAUAAAUGUUAAAAAUACGGAAGGGAAAAAAGUUACGAAGAGUAUAUAUGAAAAAACCGGACAUUUUGUUUCUGUGCCGACAACGGAACUAUACGUUCCUUCGUGGAGAUCAGGGGGCUAUGCUAUUUUAAUUGCAUUAUUUAAUAAAUCAAGAGAUCCCAAUUAUUCAGGUUAUUUAACUAAGGCAGAGUUGCAAAUAGAAGCUCAAGCGUAUUGUGAUCAUUCCUUUACAGUUUGCAAACCCUCUACACGCUGUAGUGCCUGGUCCUCGAUGUCAUUAUUAAUCUCUAAGGGAUUAGUUUUAAAGCGAAAUCGUCCCCCAAAGUAUAGCUUAACAAAUGAAGGAGUAACUCUUGCUACAAAGUUGUCACAGAUGAAUAAAAAUGAUUUAAAUUUGAAGCAUCAUUUUCCACAUAGGGGAGACAUUGAAUUGUCAUCGGAAGUUACUCAAAGGGGCAACAGCGAUGCACAAAAAGUACUGCAUGGAACCAAGUCAGUAAGAAAACGCGAGGAAAAUGAGGUCAUAGACUUUGAAGUGCACCAAGAGCAUACGCAAAUUGGGAACGUUAUCAAGAGUAAUUAUGACAAAAUGAAACAAAGUCAUGCCAUGGGAACUAUAAGUAAAAAAACUCCAAUCAACGUAGACACACAAUUGAAGAGUUUAGUAAAUGUAACGGAACCUGGAGUUAGUUUUGCACCGCACACAUUUAAUGUCGUAUUAUUAGUAGACACACGCGAAACGGAUGGUGGUAAAACCAGACCCACUCACGAUGUCACGCUCAUAGAGCUAACGCAGACCAAAGUGCUUUUCGAAGUUCGUAGUUUAAAGAUUGGAGAUUUUGCAUGGAUAGCCAAAAGUAAAGACACCGGAGAAGAGUUAGUAUUGCCAUACAUUGUCGAGAGGAAACGCAUAGAUGAUUUAGGUGCAAGCAUUAAAGAUGGUAGAUUUCAUGAGCAAAAGUUUCGACUAAAGCAAUCUGGCAUAAAAAAUAUCAUAUACAUGAUCGAGAGUUAUGGCAACAAUCAAUAUACUGGCUUACCGAUAUCAUCGAUACUUCAAGCCUCAAUCAACUCCUCGGUUCAAGAUGGCUUCACCGUUAAGUACACCGAUAGUCAUCGAGAGUCCAUGCAAUAUUUAGCUAUGGUUACCAAAUUAUUAACCGAGAAGUUCCAAAAAAUACAUCUAGAAGAGUGCAAAAAAAAUUAUCCAGUUACCACAAAUGUUGAUAACUACAAAAUUUAUCUCGUGGCAUUUAAAGACUUUAACAAAUCCUCAUCUAAACUAAAGAAUUUUAAAGUGAAGCAGAUGUUUAUCCGGCAAUUGUUGCAAUUGAAGGGGGUUUCCGUUGAAAAGGCGCUAGCAAUAGUAGACAAGUAUACAACCCCAAAACUUCUUGUAACUGCUUUGACAAAUGCUGGCCCCGAAGGAGAGAAGUUGUUAGCGAAUAUAAAAGCUGGAUCGUUGAAGCGUCAAUUAGGUCAUGCAUUGAGUAAAACUAUUUAUCAAUUUUACACAAGAAGGUUAUUGGAAUAAAUCAAUUAUAUAAAUAUUUUUACUACUUUUACAUCUAAUUGUUAUAAAUCUAAUAAAUAUAGAUUUUAUUCAAACAGCUCUUUUCUGAAUCUGCCUUUCAUUGACUUUUUCAUCCUGGAAAAAAAAGGAAC